UUAUAAGACAAUCAGAGAGAUAGCCCUGAUCUGAAACGAUAAGAGUACUACUUAUAUAACCGUCGUCAACUAUUUCUUCUUUAUCAAAAGUUGCCAGAUCUCAGGAAAAUAUGAAUUACUUGGUGUUGUCUCUUCUCGUUCUUGUGUACAGUGUUUCGGCCAAUCAGAAAUGUUCUGGUAACCCAAGAAGAUAUAAUGGCAAAUCAUGCGCUUCAACUACCAACUACCACGAUUCGCACAAGGGAGCUUGUGGCUGUGGACCAGCAAGUGGCGACGCUCAAUUUGGCUGGAACGCUGGAAGUUUUGUUGCCGCUGCUAGUCAGAUGUACUUUGAUAGUGGAAACAAAGGAUGGUGUGGACAGCACUGUGGCCAAUGUAUAAAACUGACAACAACAGGGGGUUACGUUCCAGGCCAAGGAGGACCAGUUCGUGAAGGACUCUCUAAAACCUUCAUGAUCACAAAUCUAUGUCCGAACAUAUACCCAAAUCAAGACUGGUGCAACCAAGGGUCACAAUACGGUGGUCACAACAAAUAUGGAUACGAACUUCAUUUGGAUUUGGAAAAUGGUAGAAGUCAAGUAACAGGAAUGGGAUGGAACAAUCCAGAAACAACAUGGGAGGUAGUCAACUGUGACUCUGAGCACAACCAUGAUCAUAGGACACCAAGUAAUAGCAUGUAUGGACAAUGCCAAUGUGCUCAUCAAGGCAAACGAGGUCUGAACGAAACAAGUAAUGAAUCUUUAUAAAGGCUUCAACUGAUAACAAUAUCAAAAUUGA